CUGGUAUGGAAAAUGUGGACUUUAAUGCUUUCAAUGAGGUAUUCAAUGAUGGAAGCUGGGAGAUGCUGGAUAAUCUUGAGGACGUGAACAUGCAGAUACAUGACGAGACUACGUGCGGGAAUUGGUGGGGCUUGAAUGCUCCAGUGCCGCAAGCCAGCACAGGAGCCUAUGACUAUCAAGCUCCGACGCAUAGCUGAGCCAAGAGCGUCAUGUGAAAGAUAGCCGACAGAUCACGAAGCGAUGCACAUGUCAAGUGAUGCGCCAGGCACGUUACUUCAAACCCUUGAAACGACGCUUAACUGGCUUCAUGAUUGUGUAUGCACGCGCUUGUCUCUGCACGCGACACAGAGCAAACAGAUGCGCGGUCAAGAGAUACAGGCCACAUCUGCUGUCACUCGCUUUUUGGGAAGCAAUCCUCGCUCUGGCAAUAUACUUCUAUUGCAAGCCCUCGCCCGCAACUACUCGCUGCAACUCCACCUCGAGCGCUUCACUGCAUUACUGGACUGGAUACAAUUCGAGGUUCCCAAGUCAGCCAAUACGCAAACGACAGCAUGACCAGAGAGAUUAACGUUAAGAAAAGCUCAGUCCCUGCCCCAAAGCACCGCGACGCCCGAGUCCUGGACGGCCAACUCCAUCGAGACGCCUUUGGCCCACCUCCAUUCAAGUCAUCAAACCCCUCUACCACCAACCGAACGUAUCCAAACACUUUCACGCCCACGCCUGGCGCCGGCAAAUAUCAGCGCAAAGCCGAGAAGC